GCUACUUUCCCUCCAGCCUACACCAUGUCACAGGUUAAGAGAGAGCGUGACCACGACCAGGCGCAUUCAUUGCCCGCCGUCUCACAGUCCAUCUCGUCUUCCCAAGUGGAGCUUGCAUCAUCACAAGAGCAAUUGUUGAAGAAGGUGAGGAGGCCCAAUAGUGGAGAAGAGCCCUCAGAGUUCGAAAGAGAGUUAUUGGACAUGACUCAACAUGCCCGUGAGAUUGGCAGUGAAGAGGACCAAUCGUGGGAUAGGCCCCCUUUGGAAAAUGUGGACCCUUCCACCAUGGAUGUAUCAUUCCAACAAUUGGAUGCUGAAGAAUUCAACAACGGAGACGACACAGAGGCCAGAUUUUUUGGAAUAACACAGGAGGGCUACUCAGUGUUGUGUAACGUGGUUGGAUUCGUCCACUACUUCUAUGUUCCAGUUCCUAAAGGGUUUUUCAAGGAACAGCAUUUGAGUCGAUUCAUCACUUACUUGAAGGCAAAUUUCGAGGGGAUUCUUGAUGUCGAAAUCAAACUUAAGGAAUCGAUUUGGGGAUAUAACAAUAAUACCAAAAGUCCUUUCUUCAAGAUCUUCUGCAACAAAAGCAUUUCCAGAGUCAGAACUGGCUUUGAAAGAGGAGAUGUUCGCUUUGAAAACUUGUUCCCGCCACAGAACGUAUCCUAUGAUAACAUCAACUUCUUGCUUCGUUUGAUGGUUGAUUGUAAAAUUACCGGAAUGUCAUGGAUCACUCUUCCAAAGGGUAAGUACACUUUGGUUAAUGAUUCGCAGAAGCUUUCUUCAUGUCAAAUUGAGUGCUCGAUCAAUUACAAAGACUUGAUCUCACACCCUUCUGAAGGUGAGUGGUUGAAAAUGGCCCCCCUUCGUAUCUUGUCAUUUGAUAUUGAAUGUGCUGGAAGAAAGGGUAUCUUUCCAGAGGCCGAACAUGAUCCGGUGAUUCAAAUUGCAAACGUGGUACUGAAGCUAGGAGAUUCGAGGCCGUUUGUGCGGAAUGUGUUCACUGUCAAUACCUGUUCCUCGAUCAUUGGUUCCCAGAUCUUUGAGAAUGCAACCGAAGAAGAAAUGUUGAUGAAAUGGGUAGACUUCGUCAACAGAGUGGAUCCAGAUGUCAUCAUUGGUUACAACACAGCAAACUUCGAUAUUCCAUAUUUGAUUGAUCGUGCCAAGGCCUUAGGGUUAAGACGUUUUGCAUACUUCGGAAGACUCAAAAACGUGAAGCAAGAAAUAAAGGAUGCUGUCUUUAGUUCUAGGGCAUAUGGUACAAGGGAAAACAAGGUUGUCAACAUUGAUGGUAGAAUGCAAUUGGAUCUCUUGCAGUUCAUCCAAAGAGAAUACAAAUUGAGAUCCUAUACUUUGAAUUCGGUCUCUGCUCAUUUCCUAGGAGAACAGAAAGAGGAUGUCCAGCAUUCGAUUAUUACCGAUUUACAGAACGGUACUCUGGAGACUAGAAGAAGAUUAGCAGUUUAUUGUCUUAAAGAUGCAUACUUACCAAUGAGGUUGUUGGACAAGCUCAUGUGUUUGGUGAACUACACAGAAAUGGCAAGGGUGACGGGUGUACCAUUUUCAUAUUUGCUUGCUAGAGGUCAGCAAAUUAAAGUUAUUUCCCAAUUGUUCAGAAAGUGUUUGGAAGACGAUAUCAUUAUUCCUAAUAUGAGAAGUGAAGGUACAAAUGAAGAAUACGAAGGUGCCACUGUCAUUGAACCAGUCAGAGGUUACUAUGACGUUCCUAUCGCUACUUUGGAUUUUAGUUCUUUGUAUCCUUCAAUUAUGAUGGCGCACAAUUUAUGCUACACAACGUUAUUGAACACUCAAACCAUCAAGACGUUCGGAUUGACCGAAGAUGACUAUACGAAAACCCCAAAUGGAGAUUACUUUGUCAAAGAUAAUAAGAGACAGGGUAUCUUGCCAACUAUUUUGAACGAACUUUUGACCGCAAGAAAAAAAGCAAAGGCAGAUUUGAAGAAGGAAACUGAUCCCUUCAAAAGAGAUGUUUUGAAUGGUAGACAAUUGGCAUUGAAAAUUUCCGCGAACUCUGUGUAUGGUUUCACAGGAGCGACUAUUGGUAAGUUACCAUGUUUAGCCAUUUCCUCGUCUGUCACUGCAUUCGGUAGAGAGAUGAUCGAGAAGACAAAGAAUGUGGUCCAAGAAUAUUAUACUAAGGAAAAUGGUCAUCCAUAUGACGCUCAGGUCAUCUAUGGUGAUACCGAUUCUGUUAUGGUCAAAUUUGGUCCAUCCGAUCUUGAAACAUGCAUGAAGAUGGGGGAAGAAGCUGCAAACUAUGUUUCUACAAAGUUCAAGAGUCCUAUCAAGUUGGAGUUCGAAAAGGUAUACUUUCCUUAUCUUUUGAUUAAUAAGAAGAGAUACGCAGGUUUGUAUUGGACCAGACCCGAUAAAUUCGAUAAGAUGGAUACGAAGGGUAUCGAGACAGUCAGAAGAGAUAAUUGCAGAAUGGUUCAAAAUGUUAUCACGAAGGUUUUGGACUUCAUUCUAGAGGAUAGAGAUGUUGAAAAAGCUCAGAGAUUUGUCAAGCAGACCAUUGCUGAUUUGCUUCAAAACAGAAUCGACUUGUCGCAACUAGUCAUCACUAAGGCAUUCACUAAACACGACUAUGCUGCUAAGCAAGCACAUGUCGAAUUAGCUGAGAGAAUGAGAAAAAGAGACGCUGGAUCGGCACCAACAUUGGGUGACAGAGUUGCUUAUGUCAUCAUCAAGAGUAGUAGUGACAAGAACUAUGAAAAAUCCGAGGACCCGUUAUAUGUGUUGGAGAAUUCCUUGCCUAUUGAUGUGAAAUACUAUUUGGAGAAUCAACUUGCCAAACCAUUGGAAAGAAUUUUCAUCCCCAUUUUGGGAGAAAGCAAGACCAAGGAGUUAUUAGCAGGUUCACACACAAGAACCAUCAAGAUGCCAGCACCCAAAACUGGUGGGCUCAUGAGGUUUGCGAAGAAAUCUGAAGUGUGUAUCAGCUGCAAAACUCCUUUGAAAUCGGACAAUCAUGGUGCGUUAUGCCCAAACUGUAUUCGUGAUGGUAAAGCACCUGCUUUAUAUGGUAAUGCCUUAUCUCAAAUGAACUACUUGGAGAACAAAUUUUCGAGAUUGUGGACCGAGUGUCAAAGAUGUCAAGGAUCGCUCCAUCAAGAAGUAUUGUGCUCUAACAAAGAUUGUCCGAUCUUUUAUAUGAGAAAGAAAGCUCAGAAGGAUGUACAUCAUCAAGCCCAAGAGCUUGUUAAAUGGGAAGAAACUGUCUGGUGAUAGCCAGCACAUUUAUAGUUGAAUUCUAUAAUGGUUAAUAAUAAUGUAUAUUAGGAU